AAGUCCUGAAUUGAGAUCGUUUUGCUGGAACAUUUGAAUAUUCAUGGCUGGAAUUGGUGAUCGUGUUGCUGUCAUUGGGGACUGGGCACCUCCUGACCCCAGCCCGAGAACCUUUUUCUCCACUGCCCUCAGUGCUGAGGAUUUUGGUUCAAAAUCAUUCUCAGAGCUACAAGGAGAGAACGGCUGUGGGGGACUUUUUGGAGGAACUGACAGACAGAAAGCUGUGGUAAAUAAUGAAAGAGAAAAUGAUACAACAAGAUGUGAUCUUUCUUGUGAUUUUUUGCCAGAGCAAGCCCAGAAGUCAAGGUCCCGUGGGGGUCUUGCCGAGAGGAUGGCAACUAGGGCUGGGUUUAAUGCCCCAAAAAUAAACACAGCUACUAUCAGGUCGGGUAACCUAUCAUCAUCCUCUGAUGUUCGCUCUCCUUACCUAACAAUUCCUCCAGGUCUCAGUCCGACCACUCUACUGGAUUCUCCUGUUUUCCUUUCGAAUUCUCUGGCUCAGCCAUCCCCAACUACUGGUAAAUUAUCCUUUGCUCAAAUUAUUAACGGUAGGAGCUCCAUGCUGAUUUCAGAAUCCCAUGAAAGAAGUAACGAUAUCCCAUUUGAAGAAUUGAGUAUUCUAUCUGCUGUAUUCAAGCCUCACAUGGAAUUGAACUCCUUGGUUUUACCUGCUGUUGCCAAAAAAAUUAUGCCUGAAACCAAGCCUCAGCAACCCGUAACAGAUAUCGAGGUGUCGAUUCAAUCAGAGAACUCGCUUCAGUUUAGAAGCCUUGAACCUGCUGAAGUUCACCCUGGGACUCAAAAUGGACUUUAUCGACAGUCAGAGUUUUCCAUAUCAUGCAGUGGAAAAAAUUCAAGUAGGAAUCACGCAUCAUCUGAUCCUAGGACAUUUGAUACUUCCAAUGGUGAGACCCAACAUUCUCCACCCUUUGAUGAACAGCAGGAUGCAAAAGGGGAUCAGGGAGCAAAUGGAGAAUCAAGUUCCAUGGUUAUUGGUGGUUCCAUAUCUGAAGACGGUUAUAACUGGAGGAAGUAUGGUCAGAAACAGGUAAAAGGAAGUGAGUAUCCCCGUAGUUAUUACAAGUGCACACAUCCAAAUUGCCAGGUAAAGAAGAAGGUGGAACGAUCACAUGAAGGUCACAUUACAGAGAUCAUCUACAAGGGGGCGCACAAUCAUCCCAAGCCUCCACUAAAUCGACGAUCAGCUGUUGGGUCUUCUGACCCUUUUAAUGAAGUGCAACUUGACACCCCCGAACAAGUUGUGCCACAUGCUGCUGCUACUGAUGGUGAUCCAGCAUGGGCAUGCAUGCAGCGAGAAACUGUUGGAGGACCUGAUUGGAGGUAUGAUAACUUAGAGGUAACAUCUCCUGUAUCUGCAUCUGCAUCUGCAUCUGUGGGUCCUGAACUCUGCGAUCCUUCUACCUCCUCACAAGUGCAAGAUGGUCCUCACUUUGAUCAUGGUGAUGCUUUGGAUGUCUCAUCCACUCUUUCCAACGAUGAUGAUGAAGAUGAUCGAGGCACACAUGGAAGUCAAUCAUUGGAUUAUGAUUGUGAAGGAGAUGAAUCAGAGUCAAAGAGAAGGAAGAUCGAUGCUUGUACAAUCGAAAUGAGUGGGACCACAAGAGCUAUACGUGAGCCUAGAGUUGUGGUUCAAACUACAAGCGAAGUGGACAUCCUUGAUGAUGGGUACCGCUGGCGCAAGUAUGGGCAAAAAGUCGUUAAAGGAAAUCCAAAUCCUAGGAGUUAUUACAAGUGUACAAGUGCUGGAUGCACAGUUCGGAAGCAUGUCGAAAGGGCAUCCCAUGAUCUUAAAUCAGUGAUUACCACAUACGAGGGAAAGCACAACCAUGAUGUCCCUACAGCACGGAACAGCAGUAAUGUUAACCCCAGUAGCUCAAGCACAGUACCUGCCCCAGCUGCUCAAACCCAUGUCCAAAGGCCUGAGCCAUCCCAAGCUCGUGACAGCAUGGCAAGGUUUGGAAGACCUGCAUCACUUGGUUCAUUCAUUCUGCCUGGAAGGCAGCAACUGGGAGUGGCACCGGACUUUUCUUUUGAACUCAAUCAUCCAAGCCUCGUCAAUCUCACAGUUGAUGGAUUGGGCCCUCGCCAAGGGAAGCUGCCCGUUCUGCCUGUUUAUCCGUAUAUGGGACAGCAGCACCAGGUGAAUGGGUUUGGGACUAUGAUGCCUAAAGGAGAACCAAAGGAAGAGCCCCUAACAGAUACUGGUCUGAACCUCUCAAAUCGAUCAGUUAAUCACCUGAUCAUGAAUGGGCACCCUCUUGGUCCUCAGCUGUAAAAAGUGCGA